AUGGCAGGACUUUCAGCUCCUCAGCCAGAACAUCCGUUGGCACCUCCCGAUAGCGAAUUUGACUUUUUAUUUUCUUAUCCGACAAGACAGAAGCUGAAAAGUGUGAUCUGGUUCCAACAAAGACAGAAGCUGAUAAGUGAUUUCUUGUCCCAUCCAAGACAGAAGCUGAGAAGUGAUUUAUUGUCCCAACCAAGACAGAAGCUGAGAAGUGCUUUCUUGUUCCAACCAAGACAGAAGCUGAGAAGUGCUUUCUUGUUCCAACUAAAACAGAAGCUGAGAAGUGAUUUCUUGUUCCAACCAAGACAGAAGCUGAGAAGUGCUUUCUUGUCCCAACCAAGACAGAAGCUGAGAAGUGCUUUCUUGUCCCAACCAAGACAGAAGCUGAGAAGUGCUUUCUUGUCCCAACCAAGACAGAAGCUGAGAAGUGCUUUCUUGUCCCAACCAAGACAGAAGCUGAGAAGUCCAAGACAGAAGAUGAGAAGUGAUUUCUUGUCCCAACCAAGACAGAAGAUGAGAAGUGCUUUCUUGUUCCAACCAAGACAGAAGCUGAGAAGUGCUUUCUUGUUCCAACCAAGACAGAAGCUGAAGAGUGAUUUCUUGUUCCAACCAAGAGAGAAGCUGAGAAGUGCUUUCUUGUUCCAACCAAGACAGAAGCUGAAGAGUGAUUUCUUGUUCCGAUCAAUACAGAAGCUGAGAAGUACUGGGCUGGGAGGGUCGCAGAUGAUGGUGGACAAGACGGGCGUGGGUCCUGACGGAGACGAUGCUGCUGUUGAGCCCGAAGCUUCAGACCCAGACGAAAACCCUGAUGAUGAACAAGGCAACGGUGAAGAUAGUCCUUGUCCAUCUCUUAAGCAUGAGGACAGCAUCGUCUCCGGAGAGAAGGGGCCGUACAGCAGGAGCAAAAGCAACCAAAGAUGGAUGAAAUUGAGGACGACCGUGCAGCUCUCUGGGGCGAUAUCCUCGACAAUCCAAAAAUCAAAACCUCCCCUAAAACGAGAGGAUUCCUUUCUGAAAAGGUUCUCAACCAGACAAGUGCCGGAAACCCAGGAGACGAUGGACACGGGGGACGACGGCGAAGCCUCUGGUUCCCAAAGUGGAAUCACGGAAGAUCAGCGUCAACGGCGCAAGCGGAGGCGAAGGGCCAAGAGACAUCCGCGCACCGUGGUCAAUCCGGACGAGAAUUUCUACUUCUACUGGCUCAUGUUGGUGGCCAUCUGUGUGCUGUAUAACCUAUGGACUCUGAUAGUUCGUCAGAGCUUCCCCGAACUGCAAGACUCCGCCACGAGGUUCUGGUUCGCUUGUGACAUGUUCACGGACGUGGUGUUCGUGCUAGACGUGGUUGUGCAGUUUCGGACCGGGUACCUGGAGCAGGGACUCAUGGUGUACGACUCCAAGAAACUUGCCGGUCACUACAUCAAGUCCAGAGCCUUCCUGUUGGACCUAAUUGCUCUUCUGCCUCUAGACCUCAUCCAGUUUAAUAUUGGUGUCAACCCCAUCCUCAGGUUUCCCAGGUUCCUCAAGGUAAGUUCAUCAUUUUCAUUUGUUAUGAGCAAAAGCAACCAAAGAUGGAUGAAAUUGAGGACGACCGUGCAGCUCUCUGGGGCGAUAUCCUCGACAAUCCAAAAAUCAAAACCUCCCCUAAAACGAGAGGAUUCCUUUCUGAAAAGGUUCUCAACCAGACAAGUGCCGGAAACCCAGGAGACGAUGGACACGGGGGACGACGGCGAAGCCUCUGGUUCCCAAAGUGGAAUCACGGAAGAUCAGCGUCAACGGCGCAAGCGGAGGCGAAGGGCCAAGAGACAUCCGCGCACCGUGGUCAAUCCGGACGAGAAUUUCUACUUCUACUGGCUCAUGUUGGUGGCCAUCUGUGUGCUGUAUAACCUAUGGACUCUGAUAGUUCGUCAGAGCUUCCCCGAACUGCAAGACUCCGCCACGAGGUUCUGGUUCGCUUGUGACAUGUUCACGGACGUGGUGUUCGUGCUAGACGUGGUUGUGCAGUUUCGGACCGGGUACCUGGAGCAGGGACUCAUGGUGUACGACUCCAAGAAACUUGCCGGUCACUACAUCAAGUCCAGAGCCUUCCUGUUGGACCUAAUUGCUCUUCUGCCUCUAGACCUCAUCCAGUUUAAUAUUGGUGUCAACCCCAUCCUCAGGUUUCCCAGGUUCCUCAAGGUGUACCGAGUCUACGACUAUUACUACAUGGUAGAAUCACGCACAGUCUACCCGAACCUAUGGCGGGUCAUGAACCUUAUUCACAUCCUUCUGAUUCUCGCCCACUGGUUCGGAUGUUUCUACUAUCUUCUCUCCGAGGCCGAGGGGUUCCAAGGAGACUGGGUGUAUCCGUACCGACCUGGGGACUACGCCACCCUCACUCGCAAAUACCUCGGCUCCCUCUACUGGUCAACACUGACGUUGACCACUAUAGGUGACCUUCCAACACCCGAGACCAAUGCUGAUAAGACAUCGACGGAUGGCCUUCAAACGCUGCCUAGAAGGGGUCACAAAUCCAGACUUCUUCAGUUCAACUCGAACAGAGGAUAUGUCUUCACCAUCGUCAGCUAUUUGAUUGGAGUGUUCAUUUUUGCUACUAUUGUCGGCCAAGUGGGGAACGUAAUCACCAACAGGAACGCCAACCGCUUGGAGUUUGAGCGGCUGCUGGAUGGGGCGAAGACCUAUAUGAGACAUCAUAAGGUGCCUGGGGGUAUGAAGAGGAGAGUGCUGCGGUGGUACGACUAUUCUUGGUCAAGGGGACGUAUCCAAGGAGGAGGGGACAUCAACACGGCUCUAGGUCUCCUUCCAGACAAACUCAAGACUGAACUUGCCCUUCACGUUAAUCUAAGUGUUCUAAAAAAGGUAACUAUCUUCCAUGAGUGCCAACCUGAGUUCCUCCACGAUCUUGUUUUAAAAAUGAAAGCGUACAUUUUCACCCCGGGAGAUCUGAUCUGCAGGAAAGGCGAAGUAGCACGAGAAAUGUUCAUUAUUGCAGAUGGCAUCCUGGAAGUAAAAAGUGAAACAGGGCGGGUGCUUACAACCAUGAAAGCAGGCGACUUUUUUGGUGAAAUAGGAAUCCUCAAUCUUGAUGGGCUGAACAGGCGGACGGCUGAUGUGAGAUCUGUAGGAUACUCAGAGCUCUUCAGCCUGUCAAGGGAAGAUGUCCUAGCAGCCAUGAAGGAUUACCCAGAAGCUCAAGAUAUCCUUCAAACUCUUGGACGUAAAAGACUCAUGGAAGCUCGCAGCGUCAACCGGGUCAGCAAAAAUCUUGGUUCAGAGGGAAGCAGGUGUAUGUCUUCACCUGGAUCUUCUGAAAUCUUUGACAACAAAACUGGUAAAAAGAUUGUGGACAAGAUUAGAUCUGAUGUAAAAGGCUUGAAAAAUGUUCUACGUAAAAGCAGAAGAGGACCCAGGUCAAGGGAAGAGUGUAUGGAGCUUCAGCCUUUGACAAUUUCUCAGGACAGAGAGAGACAUAGCAGUAGGGAAGGGAAGGGGAUACUUUGCCGCAUGCCUCGAGUGAUGAGUGACGACACCUCACAAGAAGACGAGCCGUAUCCUGCUCAACAGGACACCAAGAUAGGAGCAGGACUACCACUGCUGCAGAGGCUUAAGUUGCUGAAGGAGAAGCAAGACAAAGAGACAAAACUAGACAAAGAAGUAAAGCAGGAGAGAGAAACUACUGAAAAAAGUAAGCUAACAGCUCCAGAGUAUACGGGCAAGAAAGAAGAAGAACGUGAAGUGAUCGGAGCAGGUCUACCUCUGCUGCAAAGACUGCUUCUUCUGAAACAAAAGGAAGACCGCGAUCAAGAGACUAGUACGAUUCAAACAACAGCCAACGAGACGGCACAAGUACUGGCAUCUACGGUCAGAACACAGCAGCUAAGAUCUCCAUCCUUCAAGUCUCAAAAGAGCAAAGAAAAAAGUAAAGAUGAAGAACCACCACUAAAACCCAUAAUACUCAAUCGAGUGACAGCAACGAAGAAACCUAAGGAAUGUGUGGGCAGUGGAAAGAAUGGGGGGGUUUCGUGGAAAGAUGAUUGUGAGGUAAUACAAAGUGACCCAAAGGAAAGCCAACGCACCGAGAUCAGUCACAGUGUAAGUGCUGUAAGUGAAGAGAAAGUGGUUAAAGUAGAACCAAAAAAAGAACCUGUUAAGCCUAAAGCUCCAUUAAAAUUCCAAACAAUAUUGAAGCAGGCAGGAAUGGGUGUUAAAGCAGAAAAAAAUGACUCUGCUGCCUUGAUUAUAAAACCGAUAACUACCCAAACUGAAUCAAUUAAGUUACCUGAAACUGCACAACUAUCUGACAUUAGUGUACCCCAAGAACAAGCACCAGAUAGUUCAGCUGCGUCUAUUGCUUCCGGUGUAGGACCGAGUAAAACCAAAUCUAGGUCUAUUGACUCUUCGAGUGGGUCUACUUCACACCGUGACCAAAAAGACAGUGAUAAAAUCAAAACCAGUUGUUUAAGAUUAAAGUCAUCAGAGGGGAGUUCUGAUAGUGCCAAAAGUGAAAAAUUAAAUAAUGAUUUAUUAAUAGAAAGAAAAGAUUCAAAUAAAAGUAAUAAAAUUGCUCAAGACAUAAUGAAUGCUCAAAGUAAUAGUAUUAGUAAGGACAAUAAUACCAAUAGUAAUUCCCAACCAUCUAGCAAUAAGGAUAGUAUUUUAAUCGAUAUAGAAACUUCAAGUGACGAUCAAAAGUUAGGAUUAUGCAAAGGAAUGAGUAUUAGAAGAAAACCAUUAUCAUUAAGACUUAAAAAUCAAAAUAAAUUGUAUAAGUCUAUAGAAGAUCUUUCACCAGAAUAUUCUGGAUUACCAUUUGUAAAACAACUAAAAAUCCUAAACGAAAGACAAAAACUUGCCGAUCUAGAGCAAAAAGCGUUUUUACGUAGUUCAAGUUUGGAUUCAGGGCAUGAUCCUGAAAGUAGGGAGUUCAAUGAAAUGUAUGAUUCAAAACAUUUAACAAGAAGUCACUCUGAAGCAAUAGCGAUUGAAGUAGUACUCAGAAAUCAGUAUAUGAGAGCGCAAAGAUUAGCUGGUCAGGACUCCGAGAACUCAAAGGCAUUUUCAAAACAGCCCCUCAGCCCAGAUGGUCAGCUGACUUCACCCGAAAGCAACGAGACAGUUGAAAGACGCCAUCUAAAAAGUAUAUUGAAGAAACUUUCUUCUUCUUCUUUAACAGGUACAAAUGGCAAUAUCAGUUCUGAAAAUCCACCGGUUUUGUCAAACACUCCAGCAGAGAUGAGGAAGCUGAUGAGGGCACAAACAUUUGAGGGAUACGCAGCAAGACACAGCAAAUUGACAAAAAGUGUCACAUUCAACAGGGAUACUCUACAAUCCCCACCUUCAGGACUCGCCUCCCCAACCACUCCAGAACCUAAACUUACUUCUCAGUUCCCCAGGAUUUCUUCUAGUUUAGAAAGUGUUGCCAGUGAGAAGAUAGUUACAAGAACAUCAGUGUCUCUUGAGAAUCAAGCUAGUGGUCAAGAGCCCAAGGCCAGUGAGACAUUAGAGCCUCCGGUCAGUGUGGAAGAUCCUCCGGUUGUGACCGUCCAAUCAUCCAUGAGUGUAACCACAGACACAUUGUCAACAAUGGUGUCGCAAAUGUGUAGCCUUAAGACUACACACUCCACUAAACCUUUCUUGCAACCGGACCUUAGAGAUUUCAAGUCUAUCGAUUGUUCAAAAAAAUCUCAAACCAACUGGAUCGAAAGGCCUCAAGCCAAGCAAAAAAACUUCUUUCGCCCUGGAUCAAUACUGCUACCCACUCAUGCUAGCCAAGAAGAAGAGUUUUUUGGCGGGAUUCUAGGUGGGAUAAAAACUAUCAUUCAAAAUCAUCUGGAGGAGAUACAGAGCAAAUUCCAGACAAGAUUCCAAGAUCUUGAAAUGGAAGUUAAGAAACGUGAUGAUAUCAUCGCACAACUGCAAGAGCGGAUACAAGAACUUGAGAACACAGAAAGAGAAAAUAGUUCGGACAUGGAUGAACCUGUUGAUGCUCCUUUUAUGAGAGGUGAUUCUGUCGACACGGUCCUGUCAUCUCCAAAAAGAAGUCCUUGGCACUGGCGCACAGACAAACAUUCUUGGGAGGAUCAUUCAGAAGAGGAAAAUCAAGAACUACAAGAUCUUCCGAGAUCGAUAACACCACAACCAGUUUGGAAUUCCACAAGCAUUGACAUGGAAUCUGACUCUGGGUCGAGCAGUACGAACGAGAUGGAAGAUGUGUUUGUCGGAGAACAUAACGAUUGGGAGGUGCAGAUGCUUGCGAAGGAGAUGGAGAGAAGAGAAAGUCUUCAGAAGUCCCAGGAGGGUGUGUACGAGUUGUCUGCAAAGGACUUGCAGAGUAAUGUCCGGAGGAGGAGGGCCAUCAGCUUUGACUCUGUGAGCAAAGAGAGGAGAGGCUCGACGAGAAGAACAGGCAGCAGUGAACAGAUGGAAGGAGGAGACAGAAGGAGAAGAGGUAGACUACACUCUGCACAGUCGUUGGACGAAAGAGGAGCCACCGGACUGUCAGCGUUGUACCGCAGGAGUCUGUCCAUCAGUAAUCUGCAGAGCACACUCUCCAACAGUUUCUUCAGAGGCCUCGGAACCUUUGUCCGUGGAAACACCCCUCACUCCUACGACUCCCCGACGGAUGUUGUCCCCACCAUCUCUAGAAGCUGCCCAGCCCCCACCCCUCCCCCACGCCCUCCUGAUAUCUGAGUUGUAAAGGAGAGUUUCAAUGGCUUUGUGUUUUCCAUCUACCUUUAAUCGGGCCUAAGACUACUUUGUGUGUUUUUCAUUCUUGUGCUGUGAAAUAACUACUACAUUUUUUAACUGGUAUUU